AUGUUAGCGCGGAAAGGUCUGCUGCCGGACGGGUUCCUGUUGACCCGAUUGGCAGAGGACCAGAACCAACCAAAGACCAGAACCCGGGCCCAGAGAGCUCGCUUCAUCACCAAGAGCGGAUCAUGCAACGUGGCCCACAAGAACAUCAGAGAGCAGGGUCGGUUCUUGCUGGACGUGUUCACGACAAUGGUGGAUCUGAAGUGGUGGCACUCGCUGCUGAUCUUCACGUCUGCGUUCCUCUGCUCCUGGAUGCUCUUUGCCAUGAUCUGGUGGCUCCUGGCGUUCGCUCACGGAGAUUUGGAGCCGCGAGACCCAAACGGAGAGCCCGGUCCGGUGCCCUGUGUCACCGCCAUGCACUCGUUCACCUCUGCUUUUCUCUUCUCUAUAGAGGUUCAGGUCACGAUCGGGUUCGGAGGGCGCAUGGUGACAGAGGAGUGUCCGAUGGCCAUCACGGUGCUCAUCAUCCAGAACAUCUUGGGCCUGAUCAUAAACGCCGUGAUGCUUGGCUGUGUGUUCAUGAAGACGGCUCAGGCCAACCGUCGAGCCGAGACGCUGAUCUUCUCCAGGAACGCUGUGAUCGCGCCCCGGAACGGACGGCCAGCCUUUAUGUUCAGAGUGGGAGACCUGCGCAAGAGCAUGAUCAUCUCAGCCACCAUCCAGCUGCAGGUGAUUCGUCGGACAGUGACAACGGAGGGCGAGGUAAUUCCCGUGUGUCAGCUGGACAUCCAGGUGGAGAAUCCUCUAAGGUCCAAUGGAAUCUUCCUGGUUUCUCCUCUGAUCAUCAGUCACACCAUCGACCGUGGCAGUCCCCUCUAUGAGAUGUCCGCUCACAGUCUGGCCGCUGAGGACCUGGAGAUCAUCGUCAUCCUGGAAGGAGUGGUGGAGACAACUGGGAUCACCAUGCAGGCGCGCACCUCCUACACUCCCGAAGAAAUCCUGUGGGGGCGCCGUUUCGUCUCCAUCAUCACAGAAGAAGACGGUCGUUACUGCGUGGAUUACUCUAAAUUUGGGAAUACGGUGCCCAUAAGAAUGCCUUCGCUGAGCUCCAAAGACCUGGACCAGACCAGAGGAGUGCAGGACUGCGGAAACGAGUCUCAUCUACAGGGCUGGGGUCUGGUACGGGCUGGUCGUGGAGGCUUCAGACGAGGCAGAGGGGGAGGAGAGAGCGCGCAGCCGUGGUAUGCUUCAGUGUACCCUCCAGCACCACAGACACAUGGCAUUCUGAAGGACCACCACCAGGAGGAGCCAUCGGCCGUGAGCGAUGGGGGUCCAGGGGAGCGCAGAGGCCAGAAGAAGACCGUGAUGCUGGAGGUGAUUGGACGCCAGAUGGAAGAAGACUCACUCGGGGAAAUCAGCGACUGA